AUGGUACUCCGAGCGAGCGUGUUUAGAGGUGUGUGCCUUAGAUGGGCUAAUAACCUACUGAUCUGCCUUAAUACACCAGUCUCCCGCCUAUUACCCUCCAUUCUACAAGACCGUCUUCACCCAAUCGACCUAGAAAAGAAGCGCAUUACUUGGUACACAUGUGGCCCGACUUGUUACGACGACGCUCAUCAGGGCCACGGAAGAAAUGCCGUUUCACUUGACAUUCUUCGUCGGAUCCUGCAAGACUACUUCGGCUACUCGGUAAAGUUUGUGAUGAAUAUCACGGAUAUAGAUGACAAGAUAAUUCUAAGGAGCCGGUAUUUACAUCUCGAGACAAGGCUACUAAAUGAGCUCGAAAGUCAAGAAAGGAGCAAGGCCAAGGCUGACGCCCUCACUGUUAGCAAGGAAGGCCUAAGGUUCUACAUCUCACGGAACCUGCCCCUCUUGUCGCCUGACACUUCGUUCGAGACCUACGGUGUGGAAAUCAAGAAGGCAUACAGCAAUAUAGUCGAUAAGGAGGUGACAGAAGAACAGGACGCCAAGCUCAAGAUGCACAUCCGCAAUGGCCAACAAGCCGCGAGUGCCUUGCUGCGCCUGGAAAAGGCAACAGACUCCACGCUGCUGUCCGACUUUGUUGAUCAUGCGAAAGAUGUACUACACCCCUAUCUGGACCACCUCCACGGCGCUACAAUCGACAGCAAAGACCAUGAUCUUUUCAGCGCAGUUGCCCGCAAGUAUGAGGAGCGCUAUUUUGAGGAUAUGCACGCAUUGAACGUCCUUGAUCCAGACGUUCUCACACGCGCCACCGAGUACAUUCCCCAGAUGAUAGCCUUCGUUCAGCGCAUAGUUGACAAGGGUUUUGCCUAUCCAACUGACGAUGGAUCCGUCUACUUUGACAUCUCGGCCUUCGAAGCAGCUGGCCACAGCUAUUCUAUAUUAGAGCCGUGGAAUCGCAACAACGCGGCUCUCCGGGCAGACGGCGAGGGGUCGUUGGCGAACAAUCGACCUGGAGAACCUGCCUGGCCGAGUCCGUGGAGCGAAAAUGGUGGAAGACCUGACUGGCACAUCGAGUGUAGCUGUAUGGCGUCUGAGGUGCUGGGCGGUGCUAUAGAUAUUCACUCUGGCGGAGAAGAUUUACCCUGGCCACACCACGAUAAUGAAAUCGCUCAAUCGGUUGCAUACUGGUCCGACGAUGACAAAUCGGUGCCCUGGGUCAACUAUUGGCUUCACACCGGCCAUCUCGGCAUAAAAGGCUUAAAGAUGAGCAAAAGCCUUAAGAAUUUCAUCACAAUACGCGAUGCACUCAAACAGCCGGAAUGGAACUCCCGUUCGCUACGAAUCUGCUUCCUUCUCGCAUGGGAAUCCAAAUUAAACAGCUUCUUUCUGCAAGCCCUUGACGUUGGGAGAUUAUUGGAUGACCUGCCAACGACAUUGGACAGCAUUCGUGAUGAGGAAUUGAGGUUUGAACCUCUUGACAAAGCAAAAGCUAGCCUGCACGAGGCGCUCUGCGAUUCUUUCGACACUCCGGCAGCCAUGAGGAUCAUCUCGAAUUUUGUAAGCGAAUGCAACGCCAUGAACCUCUCAAGCUCGUCAUUGCUCUCUGGUGCCAGAUGGGUUAACCGCAUUGUCACCAUCUUCGGCCUCAACCCGCAAGGUGAGGCAGCCGUGCUAGCACAGGGUGACUCGAAUCGGGGCAGCGAGCAACAACAACAACCUGUGCCGAGCUACCACUCUCAGAUCAUCGCCUGGCACGGAGUCGAGAUACCAGCCGCUGCCCAGCAGCCCAUCUAUACUGCCUCCAAGCUCCGAGACGACAUAAGACAGCAGGUCCUAUCCGACCAGGGCAACAUUGAUUACGCCCUUAUGAUAGAGCUGGUAAAUGGUGUCUCCCUUGGCACUCAAUCGAGCACUCUAGCAGAUUCCGAUACCCGGUAUCACGCAGUGGCGACGCAAUUCCGCGAUGACAUCCAUCAUCUGGCUUCAGAGAGCGCGCCUGCCAAGGACAUCCUUAGCCUCUGCGAUGCCUUCCGCGAUGUCCACCUCUACUCUCUUGAUAUCUAUCUCGAAGACCGCCAAAAUGGUCCUGCGCUCGUUCGGCCGUUGGAUCAAUCGAUCCGAAAAGCUUUGGUAGAGCAGCGCGCCGCCGCCGAAGCGGCUCAAUUAGAGAAGGUAGAACGCAAAGCUAAAGAGGCUGAAAAGCAGCGAGAGAGAGAUAAUAAGGCGAGCGUUAAUCCGCGUGACAUGUUCAGGAAUGAACAUUUCUCGGAGUGGGAUGAGCAGGGUAUUCCGACCCGGGACGCAAAAGGGGAGGAGAUAACUAAAAGUGCAAAGAAAAAGUUGAUCAAACUUCGCGAGAGGCAACAAAAGCUAUAUAAAGAAUGGCUUGACGGGCAGGACAGCAAGUGA